AUGGCGGCGAUGGACAUUCGUCGACAACGAGGGACCGUCAAGGGCAAACUAACAAGGCUCAACACAAAAGUUGACAAAUUACAAGAAAAUGAAGAAGACUUGCGAGAAAAGAUCGAAGUUUAUUUGACAAAGUUGGACGAAAUAAGCGCCGAGUACAAGCAGAUACAAGAACAACUCGAGUCAAAACUCAAGGGAGAGCUCGAGGAGCAAGACUACGCCGACGAAGCUGAGUUCGAGGACAAUUGCAUCAGCAUGAAGGUAAAGUUGAAAAAGUUGGGGCGAGUGGUUCCAAAAAAUCUUGGCGAGGAUAAAGGGCGUGGAGAUGACGCAAUAGCACGGGUGCUCGAGCAACAGGCGGCGAUGAUGCAACAAUUCGCACAAAGAAGUGGCGCGUCGGAGGUGCCGGCCGGUGUCGGUAAUGAAGUGCUCACGAGGUUGAUCGAACAACAAAACGAGCUGAUGCGUACGAUCGCCGCAUCAAACAAUGGUGGCGCUCGUGGUGGCAUCAUGAAUCAAGAAUCACGAGUCAAGUUACCCACGGUCGAGUUGCCAAAGUUUGACGGUCGAAUGGAGGACUGGAAACGUUUCUCGGAAACGUAUCAAUCGCUUAUACACAACAACGAGAGUAUACCAAAUGUACAAAAAUUCCAGUACUUGCUUUCAUCGCUCACGGAAGCCGCGGCAAAAAUCAUCGAGGCGAUAGAAUUGACCGGUGAAAAUUACACAGUUGCAUGGGAGCUGCUGAAAAAACGAUUCGACGACCCUCGGGCAAUAAAAAAGAAGCACAUUCAGUGUUUAUUUACAUUGCCUCGAGUAGAAAAAGAGUCGUCGAGUGCGAUACGAGGAUUGAUCGACAAUGCGACGAAACACUUGCGAGUUCUCAAAUCAAUGGGAUUACCCACAGACACGUGGGACGAACUUAUCGUGCACAUUAUUGAAACAAAGCUCGAUACUGUCACACUGCGUGCCUGGGAACAGGAUGAAAAAUCGAGGGAGUCCAGUCUAGACGGGUUCACGGAUUUUUUGCAACAGCGAUGCCAAAUAUUAGAGAGAAUCGAGGCUCGAUCAAAAACGAACGAUAGCUCUCGCAAGGUCGACAACGACAAGGCGCAGUCAAAAAAUCGGAAUCACGGUAAGAACAGCUCAAACGAGAAGGUAGCUGCAUUGACGGUCACCGAGGAGGGUGGUCGAUGCCACUUGUGUCGAGGCAACCAUUACAUCUACCAGUGCGACAAAUUUACGUCAUUGGCAAUCGAAGAUCGAAUCAAGGAAGUACAGCGUCUCAAGCUGUGCAUGAAUUGUUUGAGGAACGAUCACUUCGUCAAAUCGUGCAAGAUGGGAUCUUGUCGCGUGUGUUCCAAGAAACACAACACUCUCUGUCAUCGUCCAGCUAUCAACGAGGAGUCAUCAAAGGCGAGUCAGGGGACAGAGGGAGAAGGCAAGGAUUCGAGCAACAAAGCCAGCAACGUAGCGGUGCAUCACGUUUCGGGCGGUCCCCGAAGGCGCCAUGUACUCAUGGCUACGGCGAUGGUCGACGGCGAACGUCUGAACGGAAGCAGUGUAGCUUUGCGUAUCCUUUUUGACAGUGGUAGCGAAGCGAACUUUAUUACGAAAGCCGCGUGCAAUAAGUUAGGCGUCAAAUUAGAUCGAGCGCAAGAAACUGUAACCGGGAUAAACGAGCGCGAGAGCAAGGUCUUUCAAAGUUGUCACAUAUCGUUGCAAUCGCGACACUCCAAAUUUCGGAUCGAUACCAUUCAUUGUCUAGUCGUAGCAACUAUCACUAAACGAUUACCAUCGAUUGAACUCGAUGUACACGCGUUACAAAUUCCUCUCAAUAUCAAGCUAGCUGAUAUCGAAUUUUACAAACCGAGCACGAUUGACGUUUUGCUGGGAGCAGAAUACUUCUUUGACGUCAUGCAGACGGAGAAAAUAGAAUUAGGCGAAAAUCAACCGUCAUUGCGAAACACUAAAUUUGGAUGGGUAAUUGCGGGAAAGUUGUUGCUUGAAAAUUCAACAAGUAUAAGUUGCAAUCACGAGAGCGUUGUGGCAUUAACGUGUUCUCUCGAGCAAAAUGAAACUCUGGACGAAAGUUUGAAACGAUUUUGGGAGAUUGAAAAUGUCGAAUCAAAAACGCAAGCGUUAUCGGUCAAUGAGAAACAAUGCGAGCAAAUCUUCAAUGAAACCGUGACGCGAGACACAAGCGGCCGAUUUAUAGUUAAACUACCGUUUAAGUCGGAUCCCAGUAAGCUAGGGGUAUCACGUAACGCCGCGCUCAAAAGAUUGGUUCAACUAGAACGGCGGUUCAACAGCAACGAGUUAUUGCGAGAACGAUAUACACAAUUCAUGAGGGAGUACAUUGACCUUGGGCACAUGUCUUUGGUAAGCAAUACGACGGAAGACGAAAUGCGAAAACCCUUGUACUUGCCGCAUCACGGAGUCAUUAAAGAAUCGAGCACGAGCACGAAAUUGCGCGUAGUAUUCGAUGCUUCAAACAAAACAAGUACAGGACUAUCGCUCAAUGACGUAUUGCAUGUAGGGCCAACUUUGCAAGCCAAUUUGAUAAAAAUUAUUAUGAGAUUUCGAUGUUACAAUGUCGCGUUAACAGCUGAUCUAAAGAAAAUGUACCGACAAGUACUUGUGCACCCAGACGAUCGAGAUUAUCAGCGCAUAUUGUGGCGAUUUUCUCCUGCUGAUGGAAUAAGCGAGUUUCGCCUCAACACGGUCACGUAUGGCCAAUCGAGCUCAUCAUAUCUAGCUGUAAAAUGCAUGCGAAUACUAGCAGAGCAGGCAUCAGAGAAGUAUCGUGAAGCGGCACGAGUGAUACUCAAUGAGAUGUACGUAGACGAUAUUCUGACAGGAGCCGACGACAUCGUCGGUGCCAUCGAGGUUCAAGGUCAACUCACCGAGCUACUACAAGCAGGCGGAUUCAAGAUCCAUAAGUGGUGCAUGAGUCAUCCAGAAAGUUUGAACCACGUAGUUUCGGAGGAUCGGAAGGAGUUGUCCAAGCGAGCGAUCGACGCAAACGAAACAAUUCGUACUCUUGGUCUUGAAUGGGACCCGAAUAGCGAUCUAUUCCAAUUUGCUGUCGGCAAGGCAGAGGCAGCAAAAACUAAGAGACAGAUAUUAUCAGCCAUCAGCAAGAUUUUCGACCCGCUAGGGUUGAUAGGACCCAUUUUGACAGCUGCUAAGGUACUUAUGCAAGAAACUUGGAAACUCGAGUACAAUUGGGACGACACGCUUCCAGUCGCAUUUGUUGAGGAGUGGGAGAAUUUCAGGCAAAAUCUAGAUGCCGUUUCACGUAUAUCGAUCCCAAGACGCGUGAUCUCGAGUGAGAGACCCGUUCGUUUAUAUCUUCAAGGAUUUUGCGAUGCCUCUGAACGAGCUUAUGGCGCUUGCGUAUACGUGCAGGUUGAACAUGCAGAAGGAGCGCUCUCCGCACGAUUGUUUUGCUCAAAGUCACGGGUCGCGCCCAUCAAAACAAUGUCAAUACCUCGAUUGGAGUUGAGUAGCGCAUUGCUCCUGUCACGGCUCAUAAUCAACGCAAAAAACGGUCUCAACCGUCAAGUGAACGGGAUUCAAGUAUGGACCGACUCGAAAGUAGCCUCGUGUUGGAUUCAGGGCGAUCCCGCGAGAUGGAAACCUUUCGUCACUAAUAGAGUGAUCGAAAUCACCGAGUUAGUCCCAGCCAAACAUUGGAGUCACGUUGCAGGGGAAGAAAAUCCAGCGGACCUUAUCUCUCGAGGAUCUGGCGCCAAUCAACUCGAGAAGUCGGAGUUGUGGUGGACGGGUCCCCGGUGGCUGCAAGAAAAAUGUCCAGCUGUUCAUCUCGAUUCAUCGAAGGAGCCUGCGGAGGAAAUUUUGGAGACUGUUGCGGUCGAAAGGCGCAGUGAGAAACACGCUUACAAGGCUUGUGUUCAAGAAGAACAGGUCGCACAGGAACUCCUGAACAAAUUCUCCUCGUUGACGAAGGUCGAACGAGUCAUGGCGUAUUGUGGGCGGUUUUCCUCCAAUGCUCGGAAAAAUAUCACCGAACGAAACUUUGAUCGAUUAUCGGCAAUUGAGUUGCAAGAAGCACAGCUCAAGCUCAUUCAGGGCGAGCAGGCGAUACACUUCACCGAAGAAAUAUCCGCUUUGUCGAAAAAUCAGACGUUAUCGUCAUUCAGCAAUCUUAUUCGAUGGCAUCCUUUCUUGGACAAGCGGGGAAUCCUCAGGGUGGGCGGUCGCUUACAAAAUUCUGGCUUGUCGUUCGAGCAGCGACACCCAAUCAUCCUUCCGGCAAAGAGCACGUUCUCCCGACUGUUAUUCGAACGUGAACACCGUCGCCUACUUCAUGCGAGCCAACUCUUGUUGCUAUCGACAAUCCGAGAAAAGUACUGGCCAAUCAACGGGCGAAGCAUAGCUCGUCAAGUUUGCCACGCCUGCGUAUGGUGUAGUCGUCACAAACCGAGAGAAACUAUUCAAAUUAUGGGAGCCCUUCCCAACGAAAGAGUUAAGCCGAGUCGGCCCUUCACCUUCACUGGCGUCGAUUUCGCAGGCCCGAUCACAACUCUUGUUAAUAAAGGACGCGGUCGAAAAACUAACAAAUCUUACGUAGCACUAUUCGUUUGUUUCGCGACAAAGGCGAUACAUCUCGAAGCAACGAGCGAGUUGUCGACAGCUGCAUUUUUGGCCACGUUUCGGAGAUUCAUCGGUCGACGUGGAAAGCCUCACAUUAUGUACAGCGACAACGGAACUAACUUUGUCGGAGCCCAUCGUGAAAUUCGAGAAAUCUACCAAUUUUUGCAAAGGGAAAUGGACGGCGAGCUUGGAGACACUCUAGCUAACGAGUGCAUCGAUUGGAAAUUUCUUCCGCCUGGUUCACCUCACAUGGGAGGACUAUGGGAAGCCGGCGUGAAAUCUUGCAAAUAUCAUCUCAAGAGAUACAUGGGACAAGCGUUGCUUACAUUCGAGGAGCUAACAACUGUUCUCGUACAAAUUGAAGCUUGCUUAAAUUCAAGACCAAUUUCGGCCUUGUCAAACGAUCCCUGCGACCUGCAGCCUCUUACGCCGGCUCAUUUCCUCGUGGGAGAAUCGUUGGUGGGGCUUCCGGAUCUUGACGUAACAGAGAUCCCUCUAAAUCGAUUACAGCGCUGGCAAUUGACGCAGCGUAUCACGCAAGAUAUUUGGAGAAGAUGGUCGACAGAGUACAUCAGCACUCUGCAAGGUAGAUCAAAAUGGAACACGAACAAACCGAAUUUGCAGCUAGGGGAUUUGGUUGUAGUCAAGGAUGAAAACCUUCCCCCAAUAAGAUGGAAGAUGGGUCGGAUCGUGGAGCUACAUCCUGGAAGUGACAAACACGUCCGUGUCGUGACCGUUCGCACUUCUAACGGACGCAUAAAACGCUCGAUCGCGAAGGUGUGCAAGUUGCCCGUGUCGACUACGAUAAAACAGGAAGAAUCGUCAAAAAAUUAA